UCCGGCUCGCUGCCUGACGGAGCAACCUCCCUCGCUGCGGCGAUCCCGCGACCGCUGACGCACGCGGACAUCGCCAGUCCGUCGGGACGCGCUGGCUAGCGAAGCUUCUGCGGCUGGGCGGGCGGGCGGCGCGGCCCGGCCGGGGUCCUUGCGGGUCCUCGGCCGGCCCGGGGGAGGGCCCUCUUUGUGGCUGCAGUUGGCAAGAUGGCGCCGGUGGGGGUGGAGAAGAAGCUGCUGCUGGGCCCCAAUGGGCCAGCGGUGGCGGCCGCCGGCGACCUAACCAGUGAAGAGGAGGAAGGCCAGAGCCUGUGGUCUUCGAUCUUGAGCGAAGUGUCCACCCGCGCCAGGUCUAAGCUGCCCUCCGGCAAGAACAUUCUGGUGUUCGGAGAAGAUGGUUCUGGUAAAACAACCCUCAUGACCAAACUACAAGGAGCAGAGCAUGGCAAAAAAGGAAGAGGCUUGGAGUAUCUUUACCUCAGCGUUCAUGAUGAGGAUCGAGAUGACCACACCCGCUGCAAUGUGUGGAUUUUAGAUGGAGAUCUCUACCACAAAGGCCUGCUGAAAUUUGCAGUUUCAGCUGAAUCUUUGCCGGAGACCCUGGUCAUUUUUGUUGCAGACAUGUCUAGACCUUGGACUGUAAUGGAAUCUCUACAGAAGUGGGCUAGUGUUUUACGUGAGCACAUUGACAAGAUGAAAAUUCCACCAGAGGAAAUGAGGGAUCUGGAACGGAAAUUUAUGAAAGAUUUUCAAGAUUAUGUCGAGCCUGAAGAAGGUUGUCAGGGUUCCCCACAGAGAAGAGGGCCUCUGACCUCAGGCUCAGAUGAAGACAGUGUUGCCCUCCCUCUGGGUGACAAUGUGCUGACUCAUAACCUGGGGAUCCCAGUGUUGGUGGUGUGCACAAAGUGUGAUGCAGUGAGCAUAUUGGAGAAGGAACAUGAUUACAGGGAUGAGCACUUGGACUUCAUCCAGUCACACCUACGGAGAUUCUGCCUCCAAUAUGGAGCUGCCUUGAUUUACACCUCAGUGAAGGAAGAGAAAAACCUUGACUUGCUGUAUAAGUACAUUGUUCAUAAAACAUAUGGCUUCCACUUUACCAUACCCGCCUUAGUUGUGGAAAAGGACGCAGUUUUUAUACCUGCAGGCUGGGAUAAUGAAAAGAAAAUAGCUAUUUUACAUGAAAAUUUUACAACUGUGAAGCCAGAAGAUGCAUAUGAAGAUUUUAUUGUAAAACCUCCUGUGAGAAAGCUGGUCCAUGACAAGGAGUUGGCAGCAGAGGAUGAGCAAGCAUUCCUAAUGAAACAACAGUCACUUCUUGCCAAGCAGCCUGCCACGCCCACAAGAACCUCCGAAUCUCCUGCUAGAGGACCCUCUGGCUCUCCAAGAACCCAGGGUCGGGGUGGACCAGCUAGUGUGCCAAGCACCUCCCCAGGAACAUCAGUAAAGAAACCAGAUCCAAACAUCAAAAAUAAUGCAGCAAGUGAAGGGGUAUUGGCCAGCUUCUUCAAUAGUCUGUUGAGUAAAAAAACAGGCUCUCCUGGAAGUCCUAGUGCUGGUGGAGUACAGAACACAGCCAAGAAGUCAGGACAAAAGACUGUGUUGUCAAACGUUCAGGAAGAACUGGAUAGAAUGACUCGAAAGCCAGACUCCAUGGUAACAAACUCUUCAACAGAAAAUGAAGCCUGAUCCUCCUUUAAAAGUGCACAUGUCAAAUGACCAAAUAACUAUGUAUAUUCAUCUGAUAAGACCAGGAUUUUUCUGAUAUGGCACAUGCUAUCAGUUUUUUGGGGUAGGGGAGAUGAACUUUUAAAAAAAUAUACACUUCAUUGGCUUGUC